AUGUCUUUUAUCAAAAAUAUAUUUCAAUCAAAGCAGAAAAGUUCCAAAAAAUCUUCUUUGGAGUCACACAUUCAGUAUCCGUCUGUUUAUACCUCCAGUUCUGCUAAUCCCAAGGUUCAUCGCUCAAUUCUCAAAAGUCGAAGUGUUUAUGACGCAAGUGAAUUGGCAGCAUCGAGGAAUGCCCUUUCGCUGGCUGGCGACACUGAAUUUAUGGGGCCUCAAAUUAUAAAAAGAUCCCGAUCUAGAGCUCGCAGUUUGGUAUCCAGUGAUUCAUCUGAGGUCGAUAAUUUGAAUUGGCAAGACAGAAUGGUUACAUUGGAAUAUGAAAACAAAAAAUUACUUCUCAAAUUAGAUCGGGUGGAAGCUAAAUGCGACUAUUUAUCGGAUGCUAAGAGGCAGAUUGAAAAGGCAUUCCUCCGUGAAAUAAACGAUGUCAAAGAGCAUAAUAGUAUAUUGAGAACUGAAAAAAUAGCCUUGGAGCAGAUGGUAAUGGCCUUGGAAACAAGACUGGAUGAGUUGUUGCAAAUCUCAGCUCGUAGAGCCGAUAUGUCCGCCCUUUCCAGAGCGGAAACUCGUUCAGAAGUUACAAUGCCUGGUAUGGAUGAUUAA